UGCAACUUGCAACAUUCCUUCUUCUUCUUGUUGCCCUUCCUUCCUUCCCUUGCCCUUCCUUGUUAACAUACUCACAAUAAAAGAGUAAUAAAAUUGAAACUUUUCACCCUUGUUUGACCGUUCGGACACAACGCAAGAGAUAAAUCCCCCUGUGAUGAGUGACCGUGUUUCUCAUUAGGCAAUGGGACUCUUUUGUUGCUGCAACGAUUAGGUCGUGACUCCCUUCUGCUGUUUCUUUGGACAAGCUGCUUUUGUAACAGCGUAAAGAGGCAAUCUCACACUCGAGUCAUUCUGCCACACUUUUUUUUUUUUUUUUCCUUUUGGACUCUCUCUCAACAUAAACUUGUCACUCUACCGUCACUCUUUUUUUCCGCGCUUUCGACUUUUUACCGUAUAUACGCUGUCUUGUCUGUUCGGUGUGUGUGUGUGUGUCGUAACGCACACAAACUAGACGACUCUAUUUUCAGAGGGACACAUGGUUGCCCUCACAGACAUGGCAUCUCUCCAACAUGGACUCUUGAGUUCGACAGAACAUGCAUCUCCUCCUUCUCAACAACAACAACAACAAGAUUCGCAGGGCGAGGCUGAGAGCGACUUGUCCCACGGACGUGGCCGAAGAAACUCGCUGUCAAAUCCGCUUCCCUACAACCCAGAUCUCUUGGAUGUUUUCAACUUUCAUGGCGCAUUGAGACCACGGCGACCCUCCUUCUCUGGCACACUGUCCUUGGGGGGAAUCGACCUCAUCCCUCCCUCGAGCAUGAGUGAAGGUGACUCUAUUCUCAACCUAGAGUCUCAAUUCUGCAAGGACUUUGAGUGCUGCGGUAACCAGUUCCCGAGUCUGCAUGAGCUGUUGGCCCACUAUGAGACAGCUCACGUGCACGUCAAGGACUUUGGAGGGAGCGAGCUGCUACCCGGGACCCACACGACAGGACCCUACGGUGGACUGGUUGGCGUCGGAAAGCUUGAGCCGAUCCGAGAGGAAGAUAGCGACUCGUCUAGUGGUGGUGCAUCGUCGGUCAUGAUGAAAAUUGAUGAAUCCACAGGGUCCCUUUCAACAUCCACAUCACCGUCACCGGCUCCUGCUUCUUGUACCUCAGAUGCGUUUCCGUCACCAGCUCCAUCCCAUGGAUCCCUAUCAACAAUUGUAGACGGAGGAGUUGGACACAUUCAGGAAGGCAUCCGACACUUGCACCUCGACCACGACCCUUACUUUUCCCAAUACACCCGUGUCGCCAAUUUGCACCAGCAACACCUGGAGCACCAACAAGGUGUAUUUCUCACUCCAGCAGCAAAGCGAGCUCGUGCACCGUCACUUGUCGCCGCGAAUCCACCUGACGACAGCAAAAAAGUUCGUGGAAUGGCGCAGUAUACGGACAUGGAUAAAGCAUCUUCGACUGCAAAUUCCGUCAACCCGUCUGCGGGCAGUCUGGUUGAUGGUGCAAAUAGCAGUGUCGACAGCAAGAAUGCACCACUUCACGACUACGUGAAUGGAAUACACAUGCCAGUGACACCGCCGAUGGAAUUCUCGGCACAGUCGAUCCACUCACGCCAAGGACAAUCGGAACAGACGUCAACUCACCAGCACCCUCAAAACUCUCCUCCGAUGCAACACAUAUCACCACACAUGUCACCAGCGCUCCUUCAUGCACAGCUUCAAUAUGAUCCGUCGCAGCAACAAGGCACUCACCAUCAGGCCAUGUCUCCUCAUGUGGCGUUUCUAGAGUCUGCUGCCGCACAACAUCAUACGCACUCACCCAUACCCCAAUCACCUCAACCGAACCUUCCGCCCCACAUCCGUACGUUUAUUCGCCAAAACUCACCCGGCCCCGGUCAAAUGACCUACCGCGCCAGUACACCCGGCAUGCUCCCACCUGAGCAUCCGCAUUUCUCUGUUCCUACUCCACCGCCGCGCCCAUCGAGCACGCCAGCCAUGUUGCCCGUUGGAAUCUAUCCUGUCCAGGGACCACCGGGAUAUGUAGACAGCGACGGCGGCUCACCAGGCAUUCUGGAUGACUUUGGCGGUGUGUCCGGCCAAGGAGGUAGUAAGAGGUACAAGUGUCCCAAACCUUUUUGUAGCAAGGUAUACAAAAACUCUAAUGGCCUCAAGUACCACUUGGAACAUGGCAACUGCGAGCUUGACUAUGCAUCCGCAGACAUGGACGGUCGUAUUGCACCCGCGCAACCGCAAGAAGCAAUGUCCUAUCACGCUCCUACCGGCUAUCCCUACUACAGCCUCCCUCUCAUGGGCUACAGCAUGAACAUGCAAAUGGUGAAUGGACUACCCAUGACAGAUAUCAAGAUUGCCCUACGGCCCUACUGGUGCCGCGUACCUGGAUGCGGCAAAAAGUACAAGAAUCUGAAUGGACUAAAGUACCAUGCCAAAGUAACGCACCCCGACAUGGAUUUCAAGAAUGAGGUCAAGGGACAUACGAGCAUGAGUUUGUGAA